AUGACCAAGACCUUCACCGUUAGCACAGUUUUAUUCGUUCUUGCUAUUGCUGUGAGCGUCUUGGCCUUACCAUCACACAACAAACUCGCUGCUAUCUUUGAACCGGGUAAACCAGGUUCACAGAAUGUUAACGGGUUUAUCGAAUUUGAAGAAACCGGGAAUGGCGUAGAGAUUUCGCUUAAAUUUUCGGGAGGUUUACCAGACGAAUUCGGUCCAUUCCCAUAUCACGUCCACGAAAACCCAGUGCCGCCUACUGGUGAUUGUGGACCGAAUGGUGUCGGUGACCAUAUUGACUUAAUUACUGCCCCAGAUACUUUCAAUUGUUCGGCUGUCCAAGACAAGAGUCAAUGUCAAGCCGGUGACUUGAGCGGCAAAUACGGCAAGUUGGUGUCGAACAACGGCGAGGUUGAGGCUAAGACAUACACCGAUCCUUUUCUUAAGUUUGAUAGUUCUCCAAAGGGAUUACUGAAUCGAUCGAUUGUUAUUCAUCU